UUUGCUGCGGGCGGGAGGCCUACGGCAGAAGCCAUCUGGCUCGCCCUGCGAUUCGCCCACGGUUGCACAUAAAACACUGCCACGGCGGUUAUUACACUUCGUUAACUGCAUAAUUGGAAAGCACUUCACUACCUCAGGUCUCCGAGCCAACAAACCUGACAUGGACGUCGCCCAUAUUGACCGAAACAUUGGUCCGCCUCAAGAUCCGAAUGGCGUCUUGAGCAGCGAUAAUGUCUACAGGGGACGUCUCGCAGCAAGCAUUCGAGACUGCUAAGAAGUCCUUUCGAAAUGGUCUGAAGGAUGAGGCACUGUUCCGCGACAUACUAGAAACGACCAGCAUCGGAAAACUGUGGGAGGCGGUCAAGGCCGUCCAGGAAAAACAGCACAAUGAGAAGCGUCUCCGUAACAUGGCAAAGAUCGGAGGCUUCCUUGAUAAGCUGUCAGCGUACGCUGGUGUCGUUGAUACAUUCGUACAGGUCAAGCCAGAAAUCAUAGCUUUGAUUUGGGGGCCCAUCCGCCUGUUGCUGUUAUGGACUGGCAAUGCCACACAGUUGGCCGACGCCAUUACCAAAGUCAUGAGGACUAUCGGCGAUGCCCUCCCGCAAUUUACGGACAUCGUCAAUAUAUUUGGCGACAACGAAAAGUCAAAGGCCGUCCUGGCUUUGUUUUACAAGGAUAUCCUCGACUUCUAUGCUAUUGCCUUGAAAGUGUUCAACUUGUCAAAACCACAAAUAUUCUUUGAUUCCGUUUGGCCAAGGCAGAAGGAGAAGAUCGACGUUGUCAUUAGUAACAUAGAGCGGCAAACCACUUUGCUGAGAAGUGAAGUCACAAUGCAGCAUAUAAGGGAAGAACACGAACUUAGAGCCAAGUCAUUGAUCCAUUUCGACCAAGAAGCCGAAUUCCAGGACCAGCAGCGGUUCCAGACCUUGAAGAAUCUGAUAUCCCCUCGGACCUACGACGACAAGCUGGACUGGCUGCUCAACCGCUCAUGCGAGGAUUCGGCAAGAUGGCUGGUCAAGGACAAGCGCUUCUUGGGCUGGCUUGAAACAUCCAAUACCGCUAUUCGAUGGCUGUGGAUUCAUGGUAUUCCGGGGUCAGGGAAGACUUUUCUGUGUGCCACCGUGGCCACGGAAGCCAAGGCACGCCAUCGAACUCUCUUCGCCUUCGCUAGCCACAUCCAUCAAAAUACCUCAACAGCGAGAAGUAUUUUACAGUCUCUCGUUUUCCAACUAGCAUUCAAUUCCAAGGACGUCCAGAUAGCUAUCGUGCAUUCCGACGAACGAAACUUGUCUGGGAGUACCACUUACGUCUCAGGCCUGCUCAAAACACUGCUGAAAAGCAGCGGGCCUACAUAUAUCAUCGUCGAUGGACUCGACGAGAUGGAUGCAGUGGAGAGGAGGAUACUACUACAGCAGCUAGAUGAGUUGGAUGACUGCGCCGAGGCAAAGAUACUUGUCAGCAGCAGGCCCGAGGACGACAUCGCCAACAGUCUGGCCGCCAAAGCCGUCGGGAUUCGAGUGGACAAGGAGAAUUCAGGCGCCAUUCAAACAUAUAUUAACCAGAGGACUCAGAACUGGCUUGAUGCAGAGGGCUUCGAUCAGGACACACGGCGGCAGAUAAAGAGUCUUCUGCUUCCUGUCACCGGUAAUGCAAGGGGCAUGUUUCUAUACGCUCGAAUCAUCCUAGACACCGCCGAACUUAUUACCAGUCUUGGGGAAAUUGAAGGCGAACUGAAAGCACUUCCCAUGGAUCUGAAUGACGCGUAUCAUCGAAUAUUUGCUCGGAUCAACGACUCACAUCCGACUCUAAGAAGGAAGGCAAGAAUGAUUCUGGGCUGGCUUGGCUGUGCCCCCGUUCCCCUGACGCGACUGGAAAUGGAACAGGCUCUGUUGGUCAACCCAGAAUCUCAAGCAGCCCCCACGGUGAUCACGAGUGUUAAUCUCGUUCGUAUUUGCGGUCCUAUGGUCGAAAUUGUUGAUGAGAGCCCUCAAUUCGUCCACUUUACCGUUAAGGAGUAUAUCUUCAGUCGAGACAUUAGCAACUUCAUCGAUAAGGCUGAAGCUAAUAUCAGCCUCACAAAGUCGACAAUUGCGUAUUUGUGCUCCGGUAUAUAUGACAUGGAUAUCUCGGAUGAGCAGGUCCGAAGUAACAUCGUGGCUGGAAAGUAUCGGUUGCACUGGUUUGCCACAAGCCAGUGGACUUCUCUAAUCAGCCGUUGUGUUGUCGAGGCAUCCAAAGACCUGUCCGCCUACCAAGAAGUCUUGGAGUUGCUCACACGUUUGGCACUGGAGCUUAGGAACUACGGCUUCAAAGAAGAGAUAAGUCGCAAGGAGGGAAUUUUUCAGAGCCUCGAAUCGAACUGGCCAGAAAUCUCCAACAUCAUUUGCGGGGUCCUGGCCUUUCGUCAGGAUGAUAGGCAAACGGACUGGAACUACACCAACGCUUCCAAAUGGGUUGAUUCUGAUCCUUCGAUACUGUCUCUCAUGUCGGCUCGCGUCUACGAAGUUUUUGAGGAGCUUGUGUGCAGCCAACAAGAGCAUAGGAAGACCGGCUGCCACUGUGCGACAGUGCAGAAGCACUACGGAGGCAACAUUUUCAAGUGCACAUUCCCCAGCUGCGACCUACAUCGGCAGGGGUUUUCCUCGCGAAGUGCCCGGGCGACGCAUGUCGAGCACCAUGGGCGUCCGUGGAAGUGCUCGGAGCCAGAAUGCCCGUUCGCUAUCAUCGGCUUCGCAAAGAGUCGACACCGAGACGAGCACUGGCGAGAAAGGCAUCGGGUUACCUGGCAGAAAGGACGUACGGACCCGAACCAGGGCAACAUCACCGAUGACGACCUUGAAGUGCUAUUAUUUGAGCUGACCAAAGCCGGUGACAUUGAUGGUUUGCAGAGGGCUUUGUGUCUCCUGGACGGCAGCAAAUACGCUGCAAGAGCCGCCGUGAUGCUCGCCGCCAAGAUGGGCUCUCUACCCAUGGUGGAGACUUUCUAUGCGUUGAGGAAGGUUGAACCUAUCGUGGAUGACUACAACAGGUGGGUCUUCGACGGGGUAAUACCCCUCGACGAAAAGGUGCCAUUCCAGACCGCCAUCGUGAGGAGCGGGAACCCCGACCUCUUCCGUUGGUUGCUAGACGCGAUUUGUGGCACAGUAGAGCGGCCUCUCGAGUACGCCCGGUUAGCCAUUGAGGCUUUCUCGACCCACUCUCCCGACAUGUAUGCCGUGUGGGAGGAAUUUCUCCUGGACCCGACGCGCCACUUGCCAGACCAAGAUAAGAUGUAUAGCGAGGCCGAGAUGCUCCUCCCCCAGCACGAAAAGCGGUCCGUUCUCUUCGACUCGCCGGCAUUCGGCAGUGCCGCGAGGGACGCCUUCUGCGAGGCGAGGCUCUUUCAGACCUGGCAGCGCCUCAUAGAUAUCUUAGGGGGCAGGCCACUCAACCCACGCUUCCUGGGCUGGUCGUUGACACGACUGGCAAAGAUCCCGAGGCCGUCCAUCUCAAUUGCCAAGGAGCUGUUGCGACUAGGGGCACCCAUCAACUUCCCGCGCUGGAAGGAAACCCGGCACCGCGGCAUGACGGCGCUACAUCACGUGACGCACGGCACAUCCGAGGCGUCGGCGCGCUUCGCUCGUUUUCUGCUGGAGGAGGGGGCAGAUCCGGACUACGGAUAUGCAAGAAAGAAGCCGGCGGGCGAACGGGGCGCGGUGCUGAUGAAGAAAUGGCUUGGGGAGUCGUGGGAGGCGGUCGUGGCAAGAACUGGAGAGGCGAGGAAAGAAAGGAGGAUGAGGGAUGGCGACGACGACGAGAGGAGGGAGGAGGGAGACGAGAGUGUUCGGGGAGGCGGGAGAGCGAAUCGGCUGAAGAACCGACGGGAGGGUAAGAAACGGAAGGUCGACAGCAAUGAAGAGGGCGGUACUGAUGGCAGCCAAGUCAGUCGAGAAAGCGACCCGACGGUAAAACGGCGACGAAGGCGGAACCUGAAGGAGUCUAGUGACGACGAAGAUGGCGAAAUGAGCAAUGAUGGCGAAAUGAGCAAUGAUGGCGAAAUGAGUAAUGAUGGCGAAUAGGAGAGCCUUGAACGACAAGCAAGAGGCACCAGCUAGCUGACUCUUGAUGUUCUCAAUGACUGUCAAGAAUGUCAAGGAUGUCAAGGAUGUCAACAAAAUAGCCUCGAGAUGUCCGGAGCGAUGCAGGUUGGAUAGAACGACGUAACAACACCGGCAAUAGAUGUCUUUCUCA